CGGCCCCCAGCCAGUCCCAACUAGGUGGAGGAGCGCCGGCUGCGUCGCGCGUACUUAUCAACCCGGCCCGGCGGCAUAGCGCGUGCGGCCGCCUCGUGGGAGGAAGCGCGGUCCGGGGGUGGGGUGGAGUGCCCCAGUCAUGGCUUUUCAGGGCGCAGCGCCCGGCCCGGGUCCGAGCGCCUGCGGGGGACGCUAAGCCCCAGAACUGGCUAUGCGAGCGGGCUGGCGGCCGUCCGGGCGCCGAGGGAGCGCACGGGGCACCAUGCGCCUCCGCCUGUCGCCGCUGCUGCUGCUCACCUGCGCUGCGCACACGGUCGGAGCCCUUCCUCGACUGUGUGAUGUGCUCCAGGUGCUGCGGGAGGAACGGGAGCAGUGCCUGCAGGAACUGUCCAAAGAGAGGACGGGAAACCUGGGCAUGGAGCAGCCAGCCCCAGGCUGCGAGGGGCUCUGGGACAACAUGAGCUGCUGGCCCUCAUCCACACCUGGACAGACCGUGGAGGUGGAGUGCCCCCGGUUCCUCUGGAUGCUCGUGGGCAGAAAUGGUUCCAUGUUUCGAAACUGCACGCAGGAUGGCUGGUCGGAAACCUUCCCCAGGCCUGACCUGGCCUGUGGGGUUAAUGUGAACGACUCCUUGUCCAACGAGAAGCGGUACCAGUACCUUCUGAAGCUGAAGGUCAUGUACACUGUGGGCUACAGCUCCUCCCUGGUGAUGCUCCUGGUUGCGCUCAGCAUCCUCUGUGCUUUUAGGAGGCUCCACUGUACCCGCAACUACAUCCACAUGCACCUGUUUGUGUCGUUCAUCCUUCGGGCCCUGUCCAACUUCAUCAAGGAUGCCGUGCUCUUCUCCUCCGACGAUGCUGCCCACUGCGAUGCCCACAGGGUGGGCUGUAAGCUGGUCAUGGUCUUCUUCCAGUACUGCAUCAUGGCCAACUACUCCUGGCUGCUGGUGGAAGGCCUCUACCUUCACACCCUCCUUGUCAUCUCCUUCUUCUCAGAAAGGAAAUGCCUCCAGGGAUUUGUUGCCCUUGGAUGGGGUUCCCCAGCCAUUUUUGUCGCUUCGUGGGCUAUCACCAGGCACUUCCUGGAAGAUGUUGGGUGCUGGGACAUCAAUGCCAAUGCAUCCAUCUGGUGGCUCAUUCGAGGGCCUGUGAUCCUCUCCAUCCUGAUUAAUUUCAUCCUUUUUAUAAACAUUCUAAGAAUCCUGAUGAGAAAACUUAGAACUCAAGAAGCAAGAGGAAAUGAAGCGAACCAUUAUAAGCGUCUGGCCAAGUCCACCCUCCUGCUGAUCCCCCUCUUCGGCAUCCACUACAUCAUCUUCGCCUUCUCCCCGGAGGAUGCCCUGGAGAUCCAGCUGUUCUUUGAACUGGCCCUUGGCUCCUUCCAGGGCCUGGUGGUGGCUGUCCUUUACUGCUUCCUCAAUGGGGAGGUGCAGCUGGAGGUUCAGAAGAAGUGGCGGCAGUGGCACCUCCAUGAGUUCCCACUGCGCCCGGUGGCCCUCAGCUCCUCCUUCAGUAACAGCACCAAGGCCAGCCCCUCGGAGCAGAGCCAGGGCACCUGCAGGGCCAGUGUCAUCUGAGGCCGGAGCAGGGCCAUGCACCCACAGAGGCCAAGAUG